CAUUACGUACGGUGCCCGGCGCAGCUCAGUAAGAAGUGAACAUCUGGCGAACUGUGAGGAGGGGCGAUCUGCGAAGUUCAGCUGCCGCGAGGCUCUAGCAGAAGAAGAAUGACUGUGAACAGCCUCUCUUUGUGCUACCACAACAAAGUCAUCUUAGCCCCUAUGGUCCGGGUAGGGACUCUUCCGAUGCGGCUGCUGGCCCUGGAUUAUGGAGCGGACAUUGUUUACUGUGAGGAGCUGAUCGACCUCAAGAUGCUUCAGUGCAAGAGAGUUGUCAAUGACGUGCUCAGCACAGUGGACUUUGUUGCCCCUGACGACCGAGUAGUCUUCCGCACCUGUGAAAGAGAACAGACUAGGGUCAUCUUCCAGAUGGGGACUUCAGACCCAGAGCGAGCCCUUGCUGUGGCCAGGCUUGUAGAAAAUGAUGUAGCUGGUAUCGAUGUCAACAUGGGCUGUCCAAAGGAAUAUUCCACCAAGGGAGGAAUGGGAGCCGCUCUGCUGUCAGACCCUGACAAGAUCGAGAAGAUCCUCAGUACUCUUGUUAAAGGAACACACAGACCUGUGACCUGCAAGAUUCGCAUCCUGCCAUCGCUGGAGGAAACCCUGAGCUUGGUGAAGCGGAUUGAGAGGACUGGCAUUGCCGCCAUCGCAGUCCAUGGGAGGAAGCGGGAGGAGCGACCUCAGCACCCUGUCAACUGUGAGACCAUCAAAGCCAUUGCUGAAGCCCUGUCCAUUCCUGUCAUAGCCAAUGGAGGAUCUCACGACCACAUCCAAAAGUAUUUGGACAUAGAGGACUUUCGACAAGCCACGGCAGCCUCUUCAGUGAUGGUGGCCCGAGCUGCCAUGUGGAACCCAUCUGUCUUCCUCAAGGAAGGUCUGCGACCCUUGGAGGAGGUCAUGCAGAAGUACAUCAGUUACGCUGUACAGUAUGACAACCACUAUACCAACACCAAGUACUGCUUGUGCCAGAUGCUACGAGAACAACUGGAGUCGCCCCAGGGAAGAUUGCUCCAUGCCGCCCAGUCUUCUCGGGAAAUUUGUGAGGCCUUUGGCCUUGGUGCCUUUUAUGAGGAGACCACGCGGGAGCUGGAUGCUCGGCAGGCCAAGCUUUUGGCCAGGACCCCAGAGGAGGCAGAGGAUCCAGCUCAAGACACCUCUGGUGUCAUUAAGAUGGCUGUCAAGUUUGACCGGAGAGCAUACCCACCCCAGAUCACCCCCAAGAUGUGCCUGCUGGAGUGGUGCCGGAGGGAGAAGUUGGCCCAGCCUGUAUAUGAAACAGUUCAACGCCCCCUCGAUCGCCUGUUCUGCUCUGUUGUCACUGUUGCUGAGCAGAAGUAUCAGUCCACCUCAUGGGACAAAUCCAAGAAACUGGCGGAACAGGCUGCUGCCAUCGUCUGUCUGCGAAGCCAGGGCCUUCCUGAAGGUCGGCUGGAUGAGGAAAGCCCCUCCCUGCACAAGCGCAAGCGGGAGGCCCCUGACCAAGAGCCCCGAGCUCAGGAGCUGGAACUGAUUGGGGAGCUCUGUAAGAAGCCCCUUGUGGCCUUGGGAAGAGGUGAAGAGAGCCUGCUGGAAGGCCGGUGACCACUGUCUCUGCUCUGGCCACCCCUUCCGUGGGCUUGACCCUAAGGUGGCUGUGGGUGCCAGAGCAUGAACCAGGCACCACUGAGGAAUUUACUAGCUUUUUCUGACAGAAAUUAGAGGUGCUGGCCUGUGCCAUCAGCCUGGAGCUUGGGCCCAGGGGUGCCCAGGAAUGGAUCCCAUCUCUUGGUGAGCCUGCAUGGCAGGGCCAAGUUCCCAGUGACUUCAGUAUUUUCUUUGAAAACAGGAGCUUUUCAGGUGGCACCUCCCCUGCUUGACAUCAGUGCAGUGCAAUAAAGACGCUCCUCAGCCCCACCCAUAGAUGGCUGCUUCGGCCUUGGGUAAUUUAGCACACAGACUUGUGUCCUGUCCGGCGCUGCCCCGCUCGGUCCCCGGUUCCCGGCC